CGCGUAUUCAAUCCGCUCCGAUAUGCGGUACACGUUCCGUUCGAUAUAAAUUAACCAUAAUAUAAAUAUACCUGGAAGACUAACAAAUCAAUAUGUAGGUAACUAUUAUUAUAAUUUAGUCAAAUAUCACACGCAAUAGCAGACGCGGUGCGAUGUUGUCGUAAUUAAUACAUUUAUAAACAUUAAACGGACUAGGACAGUGAUUGAUUUACACCUCACUUCGUUUCUAUUCUAUGAAUAGAAAUGAGUGGGGAAAAGAUAUUAUGAGCACAUCGUUCAAAAUGUUGGCAGUAGUGAUAGUGCUAUUUCUAAUGAACUCUAUAAAUAGUCAUAAAGUUUUCCAAAUAAACGAAGAAAGAGGUGACAUCGUAGAUUGUGUCGCUAACAUUACAAGAAAGUAUUUAACAAAAGGAGAUGAGAUUACAUACUUCGAUGCCAAUUCUGACGACGAUAAGGUAAUUCAAGCAAUCAACGAUAAUAUACACGUAUCGUUGAUUUCACGGACAUAUAAGAAGAGAUUAAAAACAAUCGUAAACAAAGGCUACAUCAUUUUCACAAGAAAUGUCGAAGAGCUUAUUAACAAAUUUAUAUAUUUCACACGAGAAUCCCAAUGGAAUCCUAACGGCAGGUUUCUAAUUAUAAUCAAAUCACUUGUCGAAGCAAAGCUCGAAGAUAUAUUUAAUAUUCUUUUAAAAUUUCAUGUCGUAAAUGUCGUAGUUGUAAACGGAACGAGUGAUUGUGACCUGUAUACAUAUAAUCCAUUUGAAAAUUAUGGCUGUGGAAAGCAUUUCACAAGAAUUAUCCAUUACGGAAAGUGCAGGAAGCCUGCAGUCGAUGAUAUAUUUCCAAACAAAUUGACCACCGGUUUUCGCAACUGUUUGAUCCUCAUCGUGGCUCCACAUUGGCCACCCUACAGCAUUGAUCCAAACAAAAAUAUAACAGCAAUGACAGGUAUAGAACAGUACAUGUUUCAAAUCAUCAGCGAAUUAGAAAAUUUCGAGCUAAAAUAUAUUUUCGGAUACAACGCAGAAAAUUUUACAACUGUAAAUAAUAACAUGUCUGCUGUGGGCUCUCUGGCUCUGUUGCAGAACAACAAAGUGGACGUUAUAAUAGGUGGAAUGAUGCUCAUAAAUUCCAGAGCGGAUGCGUUCGAUUACAUUUGGGGACAUCUGGCAUAUGUUGAUGAUCUGCGGUUUGUGGUAAAAAGGGCAACUGAUGUAGCCAUUUGGCGGAACAUAUAUUUGGAAUUCCAGCCAACUGUAUGGGCGUUGCUCAUAUUGACUUUUGUAAUUUAUUCUAUUAUAUUUUUUGCACUAUUCUCAGUGAAAGAUAAGAAUUCCAUAAUGUUGAAGAUGUGGGACAGUUUCUUUCAACACGGGCACGAAGUUCGCGGCAGGUUUCCAAUAAGAUGUUUCUUCAUCGCGUGGAUUUGGUUUGCGUUUCUUGUCAAUUCAUACUAUCAGUCCAGCCUGGUUAGUUUGAGUACGCAUCCAGUGAAAGAUUACCAGAUUUCCAAGGAGGAAGAUUUACACUCAUUUAAUUUAAAAGCUUGUAUUAGUCCGGUUAUACAGAAAUUUCAGUCGGUGGAAGGGAUGAAGCCAUACAAAAAUGUGGUAAACCAGUGUAACAGUCUUACACAAAGUAUGACAAUGGUUAGUCGGAAUGAAGAUAUGUUUACAAUAAUUCUAAAAAGCAUUUAUUCAUAUAAUAAGCAUAGAUUUUAUGAUGAGUGGGGAGUACCAUCCGUUUAUUGUUUUCCCAAUCCUCUAAGUAAAAUAAUAUACGGUAUUUACAUGUACAAAGGAUUUCCGAUACGCGAGCGGUUACAUAUAUUAGCAUUGCGUUUACGAGAAAAUGGUUUGUUGGAAAAAAUAAAAAAUGAUCUCUACCACGACCACAUGAAGACACAUUCUUUUCAUCACAAACCUUUGCAAUUAUUCCUUAUAAUUCCUUGGCGCUUAUAUCUAUUCGGAAUAUGUCUGUCCUUAGGAGGAUUUUUCUUGGAAUUAGCUAUUGCUAAUAAGAUAAUUAGAUAUACUAAUUAG